UCGGAUUACUUCUCUAAUUUAUAUAGAUUUUUAUAACCUAGAAUGAAUCCUGACUUAUUUCGGUACAACCGAACGAGCCCUUAGCUGCUGGCUGCAUCAACGAUGGAUCCAUCGUCAUCCCUCGUGCUGCUCUGGCCUGCUGCUACUGCUGGCUCUAGCCUCUAUCAGCGCGUGUAGUGUAGGCGGCGCGUCACCGACUGGCUAGCUGGCGGCCCCUAGCUAUAUAAAGACGCAGCGAAGAUUGCCCUCCAAGUCCAAACACCUAGCCAUCUCCAUCCUGCACUCCACCAACGGCUGCCUAGCUAGUAGCAAGUAGCAGCCAUGGCGCGCGCCAAGCAGACAGCACGCAUGCACUUGAGCUGAGAGUUGAGAGAGAUGGGCCGACGCCGACCGGUCGCGAGAGCUAGCCACUGCUUGCUUGCCUGUUGUAUGGUACGUGUUCCUUCUUCCUUCACUGCACUUCCGAUCCCUCGCGUCGUCGUCGUUCGUGACUAGCUAUCCUAUCCACCUAGCUAGCUAGCUAGCUUACGGCCCCGCCGUCACUGUCACUUCUCGCCUUGCUAGCUUGGCUUCGGUUCCCUUCCCAUCGAGUAAGAACAAGGUCGCCGUCGCUCCAGUCGUCCAGGCCACCCAUCCGUCCAUCCGCACGGUUGCACCGUCGCGCUCGCGACAUUAUCUAUCACACAGCUAGCACUGUCUGUCGGUCCUCCUUCGGAGCCAGCAGCCAAGCGAGGGAGCGAGUCUAGGCCCGCCGAUCGGCCCGGCCAUGAGCGUCAAGCAGCCACCGUCCUCGUCGACGGCGGCGGCCUUCUACGCGACGCUGGCGCGCGGACUCGACGACCUGGACCGGGCGCUGGCGGCGUCCUCUCCUCCCUCGUCGUCGUUCCUGUCGCUGCCCACGCUCCGGGCCGCGCUGGCGCUGCUCCGCGCCGCGCACGCGGGCCUGGCCCGCCUCGUCGCGUCGCUCCACCUCCCGGGGGGCGCGGCCUGGCUGGACGAGUACAUGGACGAGGCGUCCAGGCUCUGCGACGCGUGCCGCGCGCUGCGGCUCGGCGCCGCUGCCGUCGAGGGGUACGCCGGAAGCGCCGCCCAGCUCGCCUCGCUCCUCAUGCAGGGGGCCUCGUCGAGCCCCCACCUCUCGAGACAGGUGGCGCGUGCGAUCAGCGUGUGCAGGCGCGAGGCCAUGGCGGUGAAGGAGGAGAACCGCGCGCUGGUGGAGACGCGCGCGGAGGCGCUAGCGCUGCGCCUGAGCGAGGGCGUCCCCGCCGACGCCAAGCUGGGCGGCUUCAACGGCUUCCGCGGCGUGCUCUGCGCCACCCGGAUGCUGACCUCGUUCCUGCUGACGCUGCUCUCGUGGGGCGUGCUCCACUACUGGCCCGCCCCCAACGCGGGCGCCGGGGACUGCGCCGCCUACUUCGGCGCCGCGUUCGCGACGGCGCUGUCCCGGGCGCAGCAGCGCGCGGCGGCGGAGGCCGGCAGGUCCGUGGCCGCGGCCGCCGGCGGCGGUGGCGGCGGCGGCGGGGUGAUGAUGCACGAGUUCCGGCGCGCGCGGGCGGCGGUGGAGGAGGCCAAGGAGGCCGUGGAGCGCGGCGGCGACGUGGCGGCGGCCGCGGCGGAGGUGGGGCUCCGCGCCGGCGCGCUCCGGGCCGCGUGCGACGACGUGGUGGCGCUCAUCGACGACCUGUUCGACGAGGUGGUGGAGGGCAGGAAGAAGCUGCUGGACCUCUGCAGCGGCGGCAACUGAUCGAUGGAGAGACUGACUAACGCGCAGCGCACGCGAUGAGCUGCUUCGCCGUUCGCGAUGUGCAAUGGCGAUAGAUAGGGCCAGCCAUGUGUGGCUCUUUACGUACUGCUUGUGUUCUUCCUUCCUCCUCGAAUGUGUGGCUCUCGAUCGAUAUUUGCCGUGGCAGGCAGUGCUCGAGAUCUCUCUACUCGGGCAUGUGUUAUGUUUGUUAUUCAUAAAUACAAUAGCACAACUGAACGCAUGCAACCAA